AACUGAGACGAUAGACUACCGUGAAACGAAUCUGGUUCAUGGAACGCCGUAGAUCUCAUUUGUUCGACCCUCUCUUGAACGACCAAUCAGUGGUUGAGUGUCACAGAUUAGGGAUCCUCUCGAUAACCGAGUUGUUUCGGUAGCUCACUCGCCUAAAAAUGUGAUCGUUUGCGUGACGAAAAACGGAUAUGUGAAGCGCGCACGGUGCUCGACGCCGGAAAUCCGCUGGUGAUAAUCUGUGUUUGAAUUUGAAGUCUCGCGAGAGCUCGACUCCGCUAAUGUGCGGCACACAUGACACACUCACUGAGUUCAAAGUAACAAGAGCCACUUCAAUCGUCGGUCUCUCAUUGUCCCCGAGUGAACGGCUUCCCUCCAACGUUGCUGUCGAACGAACCGCAUUUCUAGCUCGAGGUAUUUCGUUUGACGAGUUUCGCAGACUCUAGAGUGCGCUUAUUCCGGUUCCACAUGGCAGGAGUGCUCCGAGGUGGAUGACGGGAAAUCUAUUGUUAGUGUACAUCACGGUCCGAUCCAGCGCUGGAAGGAUUUAGGCUGGGGUGCCAUCGGGACCGAUUUGCGUUCAGUUUGGGGAGAUGGAGUGCAUCAAAUGCACACGGGCAACUGUUCUGGCGUCGAUCGUUUUCGUUUUUUUCGUUGCUCAGAUGAUCGCGUGUUAUAUCUCCCAGUCACUGACGUUGCAAAUGAACACUUACCACACGCUGUUCAACUUCAUGUCACUCGCGCUUAUAGUGUACUCGCAAAAAACUGCUUCGAGCAAAACAUUGAGAAACACGUUCGGUUCUGCGAGAACCGAGGUGGUGGGAACUCUGUGUGCCGUUCUGUUUCUUUACGCCUUGUGCUUCUCGAUCACCACGCACUCGGUUCAGACUCUGUUUCACAAAGAGCACGAAGACGUCGCUCCGAAAUACCCGUUGGUAAUCCUGAUCUUCGGCGCGUUGUGUCUCUCAUUGAAUCUGUUCUGCCUUGUAUUGAUCGGCGGCCACGACAGAGGAAAACAUCCAGGGAGUCACAUCGUUGUGAGAGGCAACAAGCUCCAGGUGAACUUUGUAGAAAGAGGUAGCACUCAAGGGAUCGACGUUCACAAACGAAUGCGGUACCUCAGCGAAAACGGGGAAGAGGCACCCCAAAUACCGGAUCGCAAGCAAAUUCCAAUUAUCAAGGACAUACUGAAGUGUAUCCGGACGACGAGUUCCUGCUUCACGGUGAUCGUGUGCUCCCUCGUGAUCAUCUUCGCCGAGGAUGAAAACUACGUGAAAUGCGCCGAUGCGGACCUGGCCCUCAUAACCGUGGCCGUGAUCGUCGUCACAUUCUAUCCAGAUUUACGGAAUUCCGCUCUAAUUCUACUACAGAGCGUACCGGAGGACGUAAAGCUCGACCAACUACAGCAACGGAUGCUCAUCAAAUUCCCUGAGUUGAUAAACUUGCAUGAUCUGCACAUCUGGGCACUGAACGAGAAUCACUGUAUCGCAACGAUUCACGUCACCCUCAAAUUGUGCCACCAGGAGCACUUCGAAAAACUGAGCUACAGAAUCGAAGACUUCCUGUACAACAACGGUAUUGAUUCGGUGACAAUCCAGCCAGAAUUUUGUGAGGUCGAACCGACGGGACCGGUCAAAUGCGCGACCAAAUGCGACGCCUGUACACAGCAGACAUGCUGCAUCGGGGAACGAUUGGAUCAGAAUUCUGUGGUCUUCGCCCAGAGGAGGCGACAGGGAUCGAAAGAGAGCUUCAUCAUAAGUCCGAGCACAAGUCAGCAAGCCGAAGAAAGACAGAGCGCGCCUCUCACGAGCGAGGGAACUGAAUAAAAUGCCGAGAUGUAUUCCCGA